AUGGCAGAUCAACCAGCAGCUCGCACUUUGCGCUAUUAUUUAACGCCAGAAAGAGGUCCACAUGUCUCCCCCAUAACCAUUCCUACUUGCACUGCCGCCAAUGCGUUUGCUUUCAAGCCAGAGUACCAUCGGGUUAUCCCAGAGUUUCGAGGGCGUGAAUUGGAGGAUCUUUAUGCCCACAUUCGGGAAUUCGAAACUAUCGUUAGCACCUUUGUGACCGGGCCGGGUCAGCUAGAUCAAGCUCGCUUGAAGUUAUUCCCCUUCUCGCUCAAAGAUAAGGCUAAGCAGUGGUUCCAUUCUUUGAAGCCCCGCUCUUUGCUCACAUGGGGGGAAGUGCAAGAUGUGUUCACCACCAAGUUCUUCCCGUCUAAGCAGCUUUUGGAUACUAUGGGGACCGGUGACUUUAUGGGAAAGGACCCCGACGCCGCUUGGGAAUUCUUAGAUGCUUUGGCCGAAAGAGCUCAAACUUGGCAAUACAUUGAUCCGGGUGACCAAGCUAUGAGAAAUCAAGGACCGGGAGGCUCCGGUAAGUUUUCAGUGAAUGAGCAUAACGGUCUUGAGACACAGUUGGAUGAGCUAUCGUUGAAGUUGGACAGAAUGAAGCUAGAUUCGGUCCAAGCAAAAGAAGCGAAAGAAGCGACAGAAGUGAAAGAGGUGAAAGAGGUUCGCCAAGUGGAAGAAGUUUGUGUCAUUUGCGAGACUACGGGUCAUUCGACCGACAACUGUCAUACCAUCCCCACCCUUCGACAACACUAUAAUCAACUCCCAGAAGAAAAUGAGGCCGGCUCGUCAACGUCUCAAGGUCCUCCUCCUUCUCAGAGUCAAACAUGGCGCCAAUCUCAGUUUCAGGGUCAGCCACGUUUUCCUCCGGCACAAUCUCAAGGCCCGCCAGGAUUCAUACCACCGAGCCAAUUCCAAGGGCAAAAUCAAUUUCAUCAGCAACCAGCCCCUCCUCCACGACGUUCUCUGGAGGAUACUCUGAAUGCAUUCUGUCAAAUGCAAACGACCACUAAUGAGCAAACUACCCAAGCGAUGAACGACAUAAGGAAUCAAGUGGCAAAGGCCAUAAUAUCAUUGAGAAGUGGGAAGACGGUUGAUAAUGCUCAAGUGGAGCCGCCGGUUGCGCAAAUCUUGUUACCUUUUCCGGCACUAUUGAAGCCCACAGUGCCAAAUGGGGAAUCUCCCAAACCGGUUCUUACAGAAGAAGAAAAGGGAAAAGCCAAAGAAGUCGAGGUUCCGCCCGCUUUCACCGUUCCCGCUCCAUAUCCUAACCGACUUAAGUCGCCUGCCAAGCCAAAUUUGAACAGUGAUAUCUAUGAAGUUCUUAAGAAAGUGACGGUUAACCUUCCUUUGCUUGAUGCUAUUAAACAGAUUCCAUCAUACGCCAAAUUUUUGAAGGAGCUGUGCACUCACAAACGGCAACUCCAAGUGCAGAAGAAGGUGUUCUUGACUGAACAAGUGAGCUCACUCUUCCAGUCAACCCUGCCGCCCAAGUAUAAUGAUCCGGGCUGUCCUACAAUAUCCAUCACCAUCGGGGGUAAGGUUUGUGAAAAGGCUCUUCUCGAUUUGGGGGCAAGUGUAAACCUCCUCCCGUUCUCGGUCUAUGAACAACUCGGUUUGGGAGAGAUGAAGCCAACUCGGGUGACUCUACAACUGGCAGAUCGGAGUAUUCGAGUUCCCAAAGGGGUGGUUGAAGAUGUUCUUGUUCAAGUUGACCAGUUCGUGUACCCAGUCGACUUCGUAGUUCUUGAUACGUGCCCGGUGCCGGCAGCUCAAUCGUCCGUCCCAAUCAUUCUUGGCCGGCCGUUUUUGGCAACAUCCGACGCCGUCAUUCAUUGCCGGGAUGGCCGCCUUAACAUGAGUUUUGGCAACAUGAAGAUGCAAGUCAACAUGUUCCAUAUCGGUAGCUAA